AUGCUCAAUCAGCUCCCAAAUGAGAUUCUCCAUGAGAUCUUUGUACGACUUUUAUCUCCCAAGGACUACUUUCAUUUAUCAACCACUUGUCGUAACAUGUAUCUAGUUGGCUCCAGCCGUCAUUGCCAGAUACAAUUCUUGUUGUCCUAUUUUGGUGAUGAUGACUCUUUGCAACCUUGGCUCAGCGUGUGCUGUGAGAUGAUAGCAGCAUCCAACAUCAAACCUAUCGAUCGCAACCUCCUUGCAACUGCAUCCAAUAUUGAUUCCCAAAUCUUUUGCGACUAUUUUGCACAACAAAGCGACAAGGCCAUUCAGCGUACCUUAUUGGAUCUCUUUCGUUAUGGCUCUGAAGAUGGUUAUUGGAAAGUACCCUCGUUUGCAUGUGAUCAAGACGCUAUGCUACUAUGUGCCAAAAGCCAAGUGCGGCAUAUUACUCAAACCGGUGUUCGUCGAGUGUUCCAUGAUGUGACAUUGGUCGAAGAGGAUGACUCCCUGCAACAUUAUUAUUGCGUGUUCCAUCUUAUUGAUACAUUCGUGACAUUCAAGGAGGAAGAACAUGGAUACAUAAUGAGACAGGGACACGUCAUCUAUAAGGAUGAAGAAGAUAUACGUGACACGACUGCAUGGUCCAAGCUAUUUAAAUCGGUGAGGAUAGCAAAACAGCAAAACGGCAUGUACCCUACGCAAGGGCCACCCAAGCUGCAGCAUCGUUACCAUGCAUCUUCUCUUGCUCCCAAUCACUGGCAACCUUGUAUACUAAGAAACUAUAUGCAAUGCCGUUUGACUAUGACAAUGAACAAAACUUCCUUGGCUGCUGGUGACUAUGUCGAUCAUAUUGAGAUGAGUGAGCAUCGAGAAAGCGACAUGAUUCGACUUGCUUUUUACGAUGCAAACACAAAUAUCCGUGGGUAUCUCCUUUUGAGUGAAGAUGGUGUUCUCUGGUGGGACUGA